AUGAAAACGCAUUCAACUCUGGAUUUGGCCAAACGAGCAGCAGCGUUUGCAGCUGGUGAACAGCAUGUAAAAAGUGGUUGUCGAAUUGGUGUUGGCAGUGGUACCACGGCUAAAUUUUUGGUUGAAUUUUUGGCUGAAAAAGUUAAUGAUGGUACGGUGAAGGAUAUUAUCUGCGUACCUUCUUCAUUCUCAACUCGCCAGUGGUUAAUCGAUUAUGGUUUACAAGUUAUUGAUUUGGAGAAGAUUCUCGAUUUAGAUCUAUGUAUUGAUGGAGCUGACGAAGUAGAUAUCAACCUGAAUUGUAUAAAAGGUGGUGGUGGUUGCUUAACUCAAGAAAAAAUCGUGCAAACAUGUGCCAAAAAGUUUUAUAUCAUUGCUGAUUCCAGUAAGCAAUCAGAAAAACUGGGCGAUAGGAAUUUUCCCAUUCCAAUCGAAGUUGUUCCAUUUGGAUAUGCGCCAGUUUUAAAUUGGAUAAAACGUCAGGAAGGUGGUGAGGUUGAGUUGAGAACGAACAGUAAAGAAAAGUUGGAUCCAUUUAUUACAGACAACAACAAUUUUAUUUUGGAUUGGAAUUUUCCGAAAAAUAAAUAUGUGACAACGGAAGAUUUAUCAGCUUUGCAUACACGUCUGAUAUCAUUACCGGGUGUUGUCGAAACGGGUCUUUUUAUAGGUGUUGCUGAGAAGGCUUAUUUUGCUACUGCAGAUGGGAAUGUUACGGAAAGGCUAAGACCAGAUCCUUCUCUUCAUUUCUCCCGAAAUCAAAAAUCUUCGCUUCAUUAA